CGCCUCCCGCGGCGGCGGCGCGCACGGGGCCGGGCCGAGCGGGCUCGCCGCGCUGCCGCCGGCCGCAGGUGCGCGCGGCCGCGGCCCCCCCGCAGCGGCAGGUGCGGCGGGUGCCGCCGGCGGAGACCAUGCGGCCGCCCCGCGGGGCCCUGCUGCUGCCGCCGCUGCUGCUGCUGGCGGCCGCGAGGACGGCGCGCGGCACCUUCCCCGAGGAGCCCGGCCCCAUCGCCGUCGCCCCCCAGGACUACGUGAAGCACUACGCCGUGUUCGUGGGCCACGGCCGCGGCUCCGGCCCCGAGGCCGGCGGCACCGAGCGCCUCAACAUCCAGCGCAUCCUCAAGGUCAACCGGACCCUCUUCGUCGGGGACAGGGACAGCGUGUACCGCGUGAGCCUGGAGCCCGCCGCCGCCGCCGGCGAGAUGCGCUACCACCGGAAGCUGACGUGGCGGUCGAACCAGCACGACAUCAGCAUCUGCCGCAUGAAGGGGAAGCACGAGGCAGAGUGCCGAAACUUCAUCAAGGUGAUGCUGGUGAGGAACGAGAGCCUGCUCUUCGUGUGCGGGACCAACGCCUUCAACCCCGUCUGCGCCAACUACAGCAUGGACACGCUGGAGCCCAUCGGGGACAACAUCAGCGGCAUGGCCCGGUGCCCCUACGACCCCAAGCACGCCAACGUGGCCCUCUUCACGGGCGGGAUGCUCUUCACGGCCACCGUGACGGACUUCCUGGCCAUCGACGCCGUCAUCUACCGCAGCCUUGGGGACAGCCCGACCCUGCGCACCGUCAAGCACGACUCCAAGUGGUUCAAAGAGCCCUACUUCGUGCACGCCGUGGAGUGGAGGAGCCACGUCUACUUCUUCUUCCGGGAGAUCGCCAUGGAGUUCAACUACCUGGAGAAGGUGGUGGUGGCACGGGUGGCACGGGUGUGCAAGAACGACGCGGGGGGCUCGCCGCGCGUGCUGGAGAAGCAGUGGACCUCCUUCCUCAAGGCCCGGCUCAACUGCUCCGUGCCGGGCGACUCGCACUUCUACUUCAACGUCAUCCAGGCGGUGACGGACAUCCUGGAGCUGGACGGGCGCCCCGUGGUGCUGGCCGUCUUCUCCACGCCGGCCAACAGCAUCCCCGGCUCGGCCGUGUGCGCCUUCGACAUGACCCAGGUGGCCGCCGUCUUCGAGGGGCGUUUCCGGGAGCAGAAGUCGCCCGAGUCCAUCUGGACGCCCGUUCCCGAGGACAUGGUGCCGAAGCCCCGGCCCGGCUGCUGCGCGGCCCCGGGGAUGCGCUACAACUCCUCCAGCACCUUCCCCGACGAGAUCCUCAACUUUGUGAAGACGCACCCGCUGAUGGACGAGGCGGUGCCCUCCCUGGGCAACGCGCCCUGGAUCGUCCGCACCAUGACCCGGUACCAGCUCCGGAAGAUCGUGGUGGAUAACGCAGCGGGGCCGUGGGGCAACCACACCGUGGUCUUCCUGGGCUCCAGCACGGGCACCGUCCUCAAGUUCCUCAUCAAGCCCAACGCCAGCGCCAGCCCCGCGCCCGCCGCCCCCGGCAGCCAGAGCGUCUUCCUGGAGGAGUUCGAGACCUACCACCCCGGGAGGUGCGGCCGGGACACGGAGGACGAGCGGCGGCUCCUGGGCCUGGAGCUGGACAAGGCGGCGGGGUCGCUGCUGCUGGCCUUCCCGCCCUGCGUGGCUCGGGUGCCCGUGGCCCGCUGCCAGCAGCACUCGGGCUGCAUGAAGAACUGCCUCGGGAGCCGGGACCCCUACUGCGGCUGGACGCCCGAGGGCUCCUGCGUCUUCCUGGAGCCCGGCCCCAGGGCGGCCUUCGAGCAGGACACGGCCGGCGGCAGCACCUCGCACCUGGGCGACUGCGAGGGGCUGGUGACGGAGAGCUUCGUGGAGGGCGAGCCCGACGGGCUGGUGUCGGUGAACCUGCUGGUGCUCUCCUCGGUGGCCGCCUUCGCCAUCGGCGCCGUGGUCUCGGGCUUCAGCGUGUGCUGGUUCGUGGGGCACCGGGACCGCAGGGAGGUGGCGCGGCGCAAGGACAAGGAGACCAUCCUGGCGCACAGCGAGUCGGUGGUGAGCGUGAGCCGCCUGGGCGAGCGCCGGGGCCGCGGCGGGCCGCCCGGGGCGCUGCUGGCGCCGCUGAUGCCGGGGGCCUGGCCGCCGCCGCUGCCCCCCGCCGCCGCCGCCGCCGCCGCCGCCGUGCCGCACCAGCUGGACUCGGGCGUGCUGCCCACGCCGGAGCAGACGCCGCUGCAGCAGAAGCGCUGCCCCGGCGCCCUGCCGCCCUGCGCCUGGGAGCAGAGCCGCGAGCUGCUGGCCGCCGCGCUCCGCGAGCCCCCCUGCCCCGCCGCCGCGCUGCUGCUGCACGCCGCCGCCGCCGCCGCCCCCCGCGCCCGCCGCCCCCGCCGCCCCGAGCGCCAGCCCGACGGCGACCUCAGCGACUCCUCCGCCGAGGCCCCCCCGCCCCAAGCCCCCCGGCGCCCCGGCCCCCGCGGCGACCUCACGCCGCGCGCCAGCCCCGACCGCCGGCGCGUGGUGUCGGCGCCCGGCGGCGAGGCCGGGGACUCGGCCGAGGGGCCGCCCUGGCGCCCCGAACGCCUCCGCUCCGACGCCGGCCGCCCCGGCGGCCCCCUCAAGAGGAACCACACGUUCAACAGCGGCGAGGCGCCGGCGGCCGGCGGCUACGGGCGGCCCGGCGCGGCCCCCCGGGCCCUCACGGACCUGCACCACCUCCUGCGCUGCGGCGUCGAGCGGACUCCCUCGGGCAAAUAGGGCCCGGCGCCGGCACCGUCCUGGCGACGCCGCGGCGGUGGGACAUGGCGGUGGGGGGGGGGGACACACCGGCCCGGCGCCCGGCUCGCCCCCGCCCCGGCUGGCACGGGACGGCUUGGCCCCGGCGCCCCUCCGUGCCGGCGCUGUUCCCCCCCCCCCCGCCCCGGGCUGGGCCCGGGGAUGUGUCCGUCCCGGGAUGGACGCGGGGACGGCGGGCAGUGAGGGGCCCCCGGUGCCCCCCCGGGGGGUCCCGGUGUCCCCCGCCGGGACAUGGGGCACAGAGCGGGGAUGCGACCCGGGGGGGGGGACCAGCCCCGUGCGCUGCUGUUCGGGGGGUGCCGAGGGUGACCUGCUCCAUACGUGCUUUCCAUAGGGGAUGGGGCGUCCCUUGUCCCCCCUCCAUUGUCACCCCCUGUGCAGCGCUGGGGGGGGGGGGCUGCACGGGAGGGCUGCCGGCACCCGCACCGGGGCACCCAGCACUGAAGCACCUCUGGGAGCCGGCACGAGCCCUGGGGGCCCCGGCGGGGGGGAGGAGGUGGGGGGCUGUGUGGGCACCUCGCUGGCCCCCCCAGCUCGACUUCCCAGGUGGGGGGGUCCCCACCGGCCGCUCUCUGCUGGCACAGGGCCCUCUGGGUGCCGCCUCCGCGGGCUGGAGAGGGGCAGCGAGGGGGUCGGGGGGGCUGGCAGUGGGGGGGGGUCCGCGCCCCCCGUGUCCGCCCCGGCGUCUCAUGGAGGCACUGGGUUUCCCACACGCGAGGUUACGGCUCCCAUGGGUGCUCCCCGCCCCGGGGCGAGCGGCGAGGCCGGGCCAGGGGGGGCCCCGCCGGCGCUCCCCCCCCCCGCUGUAAAUAGGGUGCCGGAGCGGCCAUGCAUGCGACAGCAGUGACGUCUCUGUACCCCGCGGGGCCCCGCCAAUAAACGUCCCUUCCCCAGAGGCGAGUCCCCCCCGC